AUGGAAGGAUCCGGACUAGGGAAAGGCUCACUGCUGGUAAUAAGAAAAGCAAGAAGGCACAAAUGGAAGGCCUUUAGAGCCAUAAACACAUUUGACAAACCGAAAUGCCUAGAGAAAUGAGGAAACAAGGGAUGCAAUGAAAGAAUUCAAAAGCGAGCUAAAGCAAGACAGACAGAGCGCAUGCGUGAAGAGGGAAAUAGAGUGAGCAAUAUUUGGAGCAUAGGAUGAGUGGGAACUGGUAAGGAGAAUCGAAAGAGCAAAGAGGGUUGGACCGGUUAA